AGCAUGAAGCAAUCAUGUUUGUUCCAACUAGUAAUGAUGAUUGCUCUUGUACCAAUCAUCAGAGGAAAUCAUCCAGUGAUAGAAAAUAUGGUGAGCUUUUUGUUGAAUUUGACGGAAAGUGGACCGCUGCCUCAUCCCCUCUAUCCUCAAAUGAGAAAUGAUGGAGAGAAUACAACUUACGAUUUCAUCAUAGUGGGGUCGGGACCAACAGGUUCAGUUUUGGCAAACAGAUUAUCUGAGGUACCAGAGUGGAAUAUCCUCUUACUUGAGGCAGGAGGAGAGGCCAACCAUAUAACAGAUAUUCCAUUUUUUGGUACAUAUUUAGAGUUUUCUAAAUACAAUUGGGGGUACAAAUCAGAGAAACAAGAUGGAUUUUGCAAAGGUUGCUCUGAAGGUAAAAUGCAAUGGCCUCAUGGUUUCGCUCUUGGUGGAAGUUCAGUAAUUAAUUUCAUGAUACACGUCAGAGGUAAUCCGCUGGAUUACGAUAAAUGGGCCGCAAUGGGGAAUCCGGGAUGGUCUUACCAGGACAUGCUUCCUUAUUUUCUCAAAUCUGAAGAUGCUCAUCUGGAAAUCCAAGAUGAGGAAUUUCACAGUACUGGUGGUUAUUUGACGGUGAGUGAUGUCCCAUAUCGCACAAAACUCGCAGAGGUGUAUAUAAAAGCAGCUCAAGAGGCAGGACAUCCAUACGUGGACUACAAUGGAAAACGUCAACUGGGA